GAGAAAUCUGAGAACAAAAAACAAGAUUUUUCUCCGAUAAUGAGUUCUGAAGAGGAGAUUGUUGCAAGUUUUGCUUGCUACCACAGUGGAAAAUUUGAAAAUGUUUCAGGACAGAUUUUUUACGAAGGUGGUGGUGUUCGGUUCGUUGAAUCAAAGCCAAGUGAGUUGUUUACACAGUUAAUGAAUCAGCUUCCGGUGAGUUUGUAUGGGCAUAAAGUUUGGUAUAAACUGCCAUAUGAUAGAUUUGAGGAGAGGAAACCAAUCUCUAAUGGUGAUGAAAAUUUUAAGAGAAUGUGUUUGGCUGCAAUGUGGACGAAAGCUGUUGAUAUCUUUUUGGAGCCUGAAGAUGUGGAGCCUGAACGUGUGGAGCCUGAAGGUGAUGAAGAGGAUUACGCUAACAGAGAAGAGCAAGAAGUCCACGAAGAAGCAAGAGAUGAAUGUGGACAGUUUGAUGAAGAAAUAAGAGUGGAAAGAAAUGUGGCUGCUUUUGUUGAUGUAGAUGACGAGUAUGAUGAAUAUGCGACACCCGUGGAAUCAGAUUGUGAAGUUGAUGGUGAUGAUGGUUUUAAGAGAUACAUUAAAGGUAGUGGUGAGCUGAAGUAUAAACAAGUCUUCGAUAGUAUAGAUGAGUUCAAAAAAGCAGUUGUGGAGUAUGUGUUGAAGUCAGGAAGGAAUAUCAAGUAUACGAGAUGGGAGAGCACAAAAUCAGAACUUAGAUGUGCUAGUGGAUGUCAUUCUGAGAAAGGAGCUGAAGAAGAAGAGAAUGAGGAGACUGCAAAAGAUAAACCAGACACUGAAAGAGAGAAUUUAGAGACUGGAAGAGAGAGUCCAGAAACUGCAAAAAAAAAUCCAGCGGAGGAGGAAGAAGAGCAUCAGCCAUGUUUAUGGAGGAUCUAUUGUGCUUAUGAGACAACAGUUCAGAAGUAUGUGGUUAAAACAUUCAAUGAUGACCAUAAUUGUGUGACUACUGGGUAUAGCAAGAUACUUACUCAAGAAGUUAUUGCUAGGCUGUUUGUGAAUGAUGUGAGAGAUAAUCCGCAGUUGAUGCCUAAAAACAUCAGACAAGAAAUCCAGAAGCGUUGGAGCUUAAUUGCAUCUACUGAUCAGUGCAGAAAGGCAAAAUCAAGAGCUUUGGAGAUGAUUCAAGAGGAGCAUGAUGAGCAAUACUCAAGACUCAAAGAUUACCGCCUUGAGCUAUUAAACAAGAUGGUGGACUUGAUGUCUUCUUCAGAUUUUAUGUCUUCUUCAGAGGGUCAGUUAUUGGCUGCAGUUGGAAGAGAUUCCAACAACCAGAUGUAUCCUCUUGCGUGGGCUGUGGUGGAGAAAGAGAAUGAAGACAACUGGAAGUGGUUCAUUGGAAAGCUACAGAGUGAUUUCAGCCUUGGUGAUGGUUCUGGUUUUACUGUCAUUUCUGAUAGACAAAAGGGUUUACUAAAUGCGGUUUCUCAGCUAUUACCACAUUCUGAGCAUCGGAUGUGUGCAAGACACAUAUAUGCUAACCUUAAGAGUAACCAUCCACAUAGAGCAGAGAUGAAGAAGUUAUUCUGGAAGGUUGCAAAGAGCUACAACACCGCACAAUAUGAUAAGAGUAUAGAAGCGUUGAAGAUGUAUGACAUGAGUGUCUACCAUUCAGUGAUGCAGAAGAAUCCAAAAAACUGCAGCCUCUGCUUUUUCAAAACAACAUCUGGUUCUGAUGAUGUAAGUAACAACAUCUCCGAGUCAUUUAAUAAUGCCAUUAACGCUACAAGAGAGAUGCCAAUGGUGGAAAUGUUGGAAACUAUCCGGAGAAGAGCAAUGAUCCGAAUAGAUCUCAGAAGGAAGAAGGCAAAAAAUCACAAAGGCAAGUAUAGUAUAAAUGCGAUGGAGAGGCUGCAAUUGGAGAUGAAGAAGAUUGUAAACUGUAAGGCAUGGCCUGCUGGUCCAGGUGAGUAUGAGGUUAAGGAGAAGAAAUCAUCAUUCCAGUUAUACUUAGGAAAGCAUUCUUGCAGUUGCAGGAAGUGGGACAUGUCAGGCAUUCCUUGCCGUCAUGCUUUGAUGGUGAUUACAGACAAGAAAUUGAAUCCGGAAAACUACAUUUCAUCUUGGUAUUUGACUUCUAGGUGGAGAAAUGAGUACAGUGCAUAUAUAGAUGCGGUAAGAGGCUGCAACUUCUGGAGGAAAUCCGGUGAGACUGAGCUUGUGUUACCACCAAAACCAGAAGGUAGAAAGAGAAUCCCAAAAAGAAUCAAGGAGAGGAAUGAAUCACCACAGAAAAAGAAGAGCAAAGGCAAAGAGAAGGAGCUUAAACUUUCUAGAAAGAAGAGAAUAAUUCAUUGUGGAAUAUGUGGUGGAGAAGGACAUAACACAAGGAAGUGCCAAUUCUUUGGACCUGCUCCUUAUAGACGUCCAAAGAAGGUUACAGAGAGUGCAACAGUUGGAUCAUCAAGUCAGCCAACACAAAGCCAAGUCAUUGACUAAACUCUCAGGUUGUUAAAACGGUUUGCAGGGUCUUUUUGAAGGAAGGUUUUGGUAGUGAAGGUGCUCUGAAAGUUUUUAUAAGAGCAUUUAGGGGAUUCGGAUAAUAUUUUGGUUAUGUAUCAUUGUAUCUUUAGGAUUAAUGUUAUGUUGACUUAUGGAUUAAGGUUUUUGUAACCAAAUGAUAAUUCUGUUUUCAAAUUAUGGUUAAGUCAAUUUCUUUUGAGCAUUGUUAGUGCAUAAUUUUCCAUUACAUAAAACAAUGUCUGACUA